AUGGAUAUCAAUUCAACGACCGGUAUCAACAAUGCUCAAGAAGAGGAAGCACUCUGGGAGUUACGACAGCGAUUCAGCCGAGAUAACACGUUGAAUGAUCGCGUAUCACGGAUUGAUGUGAAGCGUUUGAAUAACGAUGACUGGUGGCUGUUAACAUUCUUGCGUGCAUAUAAGUUGGAUGUUGAUAUCGCAUAUGCCGUCCUACUGGAAUGUCUCAAAUGGCGAAAAUCGAUCGACGUUCAUAAUAUUAGUUUGCUGGAAUUAAAGACGUUAUUGGAUCGUCGCUUAGCAUAUAUACAUGGAAGGGACGUGAAAGGGCGAAGUAUUUGUAAGGUAUGGAUCAAUGUUUGUCAACACAGAUCUGGUGAUCCACUGAUCGAGAAAUUAUUCGUUUAUUGGCUUGAAAGACAUAAUACAGAGCUACGUGCCGCACCCAUUACUGUUUUGUUCGACAUGACUGCAAGUGGACUCCAGAACAUGGAUCUAGAUUUCAUGAAAUUCUUCCUUCGUGCUUUCAAGUACUACUAUCCUUGCUGUUUGUCAUCGUUGUUGAUUUUCGAGAAUCCGUCAGUACUAAACGCAUCAUGGAAACUGGUUCGUUCCUGGAUGGACACCGAGAUGCAGCACCUUUUGCAGCAUGUAACCAGGAAUUCAUUACCGAAUUAUAUUUCUUGUCAAUACUUGCCAGUUCACAUGGGAGGAGAGGACAAAUUUAUAUUUACGAUGGAUGAAUUAGCACGAUGUAUGCCAUCGAGUAGUGAGACUGUUGUCGAUCAACAACAACAACACGCUACAACACCAGAUCUUGAUAACUUCACUGCAAAGAAACAAGCAGUGAAAUUCGACGAUGAUGAUGCAGCAACGCGUUCCACUCCACUCAACGUUCAUUCACCCCGCUCUGCAUCACAAUCCAAAAGAAACGCUGGAACGAUUCCGCCCACACUAAAACCACUCGCUGAAUCUCGCAUCGCAUUGGCUUCAGAUUCCAUCACUAUCCGAUUCCUAUCCAUCAAUCCUCGAGAGGAAUUGACACUGAAGCGUGUGAAUGGGGAGAAUGAUUAUGUGGAUAUUGUCGUGCUAAAGAACAUCAGUGCAAAGAAUGUCAUCUACAAAUUCAAAAUCACGUCUCCGGAGAAAUUUCGUGUCAGGCCGAGUAUGGGCAUAAUCGCGUCGGGUGGUAUGGAACUCGUUCGUGUUUAUCUUCAAAGCGAGUAUAGGCAUUCCGUGCAAAAGGAGAAGUUUUUACUGAUGGCUGUGGAGACUGACGUCAAAGUAAGCGACGACUUCACGGAUGUUUGGAAGAAUGCAAACGAUCAGGAUCGAAUAGAACAUAAACUGAAAUGUCGACUAUCGGAGAGCCACGUCGAAUCGCCAUCUCUCUAUACACCAGCGACAACGAACAAUCAUAUCAAAUCACCACUCGUUAAUGUUCAAAAUCAGGCAUCACUACAACAACAGCUAACGAGAUUGUUUGGACGGCAGCGAAUUCUGUUGAUUUGUGUGAUAAUACUGAUAAUAUUACAGUUGAUAUCGUUGGCAUGUCAAAGAGCAUAUCAUUUGUCACUGAUGAAUGUACACAAAGAGUACUGCCUCAACAUUGUGCAAAUGAAUAAUGAACAAAAGGUUGAGGUUGAAUCUGAGUUGUAA